GCUGUGAUGGGGGGGGAUAUUUGGGGGGGCAGGUCCCUUCUCAGGUGAAGCUGCUGAUGGAGAUGGAGCCGCCACCACUGCCGCCUCUGAGCGCCCGGGUCCUGGCUCCGGCCCGGCGACUGCCGCCGCCUCAGUGACCCCACUCCCCCCGCACUGGGCCGCCCGGGCCAGAGUGGGGGACCCCCGCCCCCUCGCCUCCCUCUCCCCCAACACCGUCCCCUCUCCCCAACCCCUCACAGCCUGCGCGCGCGCGGAGACGCCUCAGUCUACAUGGGGAGGACAGAGAAGCGCAAAGAACAAGAGAAAAGAUGCAUCCAUCUGAGAUCUAAAAGGAGACAAUGAGAAUCUCUUUAAAAUGGACAUAGAAGACUGCAAUGGCCGCUCCUAUAUGUCUGUAGGACCAAUGAAGGAAUUAUUGGCAUGCACUAAAGGAGAUAGCAAGAUGGGUCAGACACACAUAUGAGAGUCAUUGGCAACACCCGGGUAAUGUAAGCUGGAGAGGGAUCCCUCAGGAGGGUGUGUUCCGGAUUUCUUGCCUCAGGCCCAAGACUCCAACCAUUUUAUAAUGGAAUCUUUAUUUUGUGAAAGUAAGUAUGUGCAUAGCUGGGCAAUUGGGUAAAGUACUAAUAGGUGGACUUCAGGGAUGAAUUUUAGGCUUCCUCUCUCUUUCUUGCACUCUCUCUUGCUUUCUCUCUCUCUCUUCCAUAUUUAGGCCUGUGUGCACACAUCCAUGCAUGUUCAUGUUAGCAGAUAAUGUAGAAGGCUACCAGUAUGUUUAUCCCAAUAGUUGCCUCAUCUGAAAAAAUCAUAUUAGCACCUACUUGCUGUGAAGAUUAAUGAAAUUAUUCAUUUCAAGUGCACAGAAUAAAGCCUGACACAUAAUCCUGAACCUGGCUGGGGGCUCCAGAGAGGAACAGUAGGGAAGAAUGUCCGUCCUGAACGUCUGUCCCUUCUGCAGCCCCCAUUUUCCUCUCCGCCCUGGCGCGCCCAGCCCCAGCCCUGCUUCCUGUGGACGUCAGGCAGUGAUGCUCUUCCCCUCAGGCCUAGAUAAAGGUAGGGUAGGCAAGGCCCAGCCACUGAGCUCACAGAAGGCAGCACCAGGCAUCCGGACUGGCGGGGGCGCAAGGUAUGGUGCCCAGCAUACAACACUGCCUUGUACAUGGCUGUGAAGGAAAUGUUUGUGAAAUUUAACUGAAUUUUUUUAAAAGAUUAGGCAAUGGACAGUAGAUAACUCCAGCUCCAGCUUUACCUGCCCUCUUGUUCUCUCCUCCAAGGUAGCGGGGACUCAUCUCUGGAGAAGGAGUUCCUCGGGGCCCCAGUGGGGCCCUCGGUGAGCACCCCCAACAGCCAGCACUCUUCUCCCAGCCGCUCACUCAGUGCCAACUCCAUCAAGGUGGAGAUGUACAGCGAUGAGGAGUCAAGCAGACUGCUGGGGCCAGAUGAGCGGCUCCUGGAAAAGGACGACAGCGUGAUUGUGGAAGAUUCAUUGUCUGAGCCCUUGGGCUACUGUGAUGGUAGUGGGCCAGAGCCUCACUCCCCUGGGGGCAUCCGGCUGCCCAAUGGCAAGCUCAAGUGUGACGUCUGCGGCAUGGUCUGUAUUGGACCCAACGUGCUCAUGGUGCACAAGCGCAGUCACACUGGUGAAAGGCCCUUCCAUUGCAACCAGUGUGGUGCCUCCUUCACCCAGAAGGGGAACCUGCUGCGCCACAUCAAGCUGCACUCUGGGGAGAAGCCCUUUAAAUGUCCCUUCUGCAACUAUGCCUGCCGCCGGCGUGAUGCACUCACUGGUCACCUCCGCACACACUCAGUCUCCUCUCCUACAGUGGGCAAGCCCUACAAGUGUAACUACUGUGGCCGGAGCUACAAACAGCAGAGUACCCUGGAGGAGCACAAGGAGCGGUGCCAUAACUACCUACAGAGUCUCAGCACUGAAGCCCAAGCUUUGGCUGGCCAACCAGGUGACGAAAUACGUGACCUGGAGAUGGUGCCAGACUCCAUGCUGCACUCAUCCUCUGAGCGGCCAACUUUCAUCGAUCGUCUGGCCAAUAGCCUCACCAAACGCAAGCGUUCCACACCCCAGAAGUUUGUAGGCGAAAAGCAGAUGCGCUUCAGCCUCUCAGACCUCCCCUAUGACGUGAACUCGGGUGGCUAUGAAAAGGAUGUGGAGUUGGUGGCACACCACAGCCUGGAGCCUGGCUUUGGAAGUUCCCUGGCCUUUGUGGGUGCAGAGCAUCUGCGUCCCCUCCGCCUUCCACCCACCAAUUGCAUCUCAGAACUCACGCCUGUCAUCAGCUCUGUCUACACCCAGAUGCAGCCCCUCCCUGGUCGACUGGAGCUUCCAGGAUCCCGAGAAGCAGGUGAGGGACCUGAGGACCUGGCUGAUGGAGGUCCCCUCCUCUACCGGGCCCGAGGCCCCCUGACUGACCCUGGGGCAUCCCCCAGCAAUGGCUGCCAGGACUCCACAGACACAGAAAGCAACCACGAAGAUCGGGUUGCAGGGGUGGUAUCCCUCCCUCAGGGUCCCCCACCCCAGCCACCUCCCACCAUUGUGGUGGGCCGGCACAGUCCUGCCUACGCCAAAGAGGACCCCAAGCCACAGGAGGGGUUAUUGCGGGGCACCCCAGGCCCCUCCAAGGAAGUGCUUCGGGUGGUGGGCGAGAGUGGUGAGCCUGUGAAGGCCUUCAAGUGUGAGCACUGCCGUAUCCUCUUCCUGGACCACGUCAUGUUCACUAUCCACAUGGGCUGCCAUGGCUUCAGAGACCCUUUUGAGUGCAACAUCUGUGGUUAUCACAGCCAGGACCGGUACGAAUUCUCUUCCCACAUUGUCCGGGGGGAGCAUAAGGUGAGCUAGCAACCUCUCCCUCUCCCCUCAGUCCACCACUCCACUGCCCUGCCUACAGGCAUUGAUCCCUGUCCCCACCAUUUCCCAAGGAGUUUUGCUUUGUAGCCCUCACUACUGGCCACCUGACCUCACACCUGACCCUGACCCCUCCUCACCUAUUCUCCUCCUCUAUCCUGACCGAUUUAAGCAUUGUGAUGAAACAGAUCUUUUGCUUAUGUUUUUCCUUUUUAUCUUCUCUCAUCCCAGCAUACUGAGUUAUUUAUUAAUUAGUUGAUUUAUUUUUGCCUUUUUAAAUUUUAACUUAUAUCAGUCACUUGCCACUCCCCCACCCUCCUGUCCACAGCUCCUUUCCACUUUAGGCCAAUUUUUCUCUCUUAGAUCUUCCAGCAGCCCCAGGGGUAGGAAGCUCCUCUUAGUACUAAGAGACUUCAAGCUUCUUGCUUUAAGUCCUCACCCUUUACAUUAUCUUAAUUCUUCAGUUUUGAUGCUGAUACCUCCCCCCGGCCCUACCUUAGCUCUGUGGCAUUAUAUCUCCUCUCUGGGACUCUUCAACCUGGUACUCCAUACCUCUUGUGCCCUCUCACUUUAGGCAGCUUGCACUAUUCUUGAAUGAAUGAAGAAUUAUUUCCUCAUUUGGAAGUAGGAGGGACUGAAGAAAUUCUCCCCAGGCACUGUGGGACUGAGAGUCCUAUUCCCCUAGUAAUAGGUCAUAUUCCCCUAGUAAUAUGAGUUCUCAAAGCCUACAUUCAGGAUCUCCCUCUAGGAUGUGAUAGAUCUGGUCCCUGUCCUUGAACUAUCCCUCCGCACACUCUAGUCCCUUCAACCUACCGGUCUAUUAAGUGGUGGCUUUUCUCUCCUUGGAGUGCCCCAAUUUUAUAUUCUCAGGGGCCAAGGCUAGGUCUGCAACCCUCUGUCUCUGACACAUUGGGAGCCACAGGUGCCUAAUUGGGAACCAGGGCAUGGGAAAGGAGUGGGUCAAAAUUCUUCUCUUUCUCCUCCACCUCUCAGACUUCUUCACUAUAGUGACCUUCCUAGGCUCUCAUCCUAUGAGAAACUAGUGGGUUGCUGCCUGAUGACAAGGGGUUGUUUCAGCCCCUCAGUCAUGCUGCCUUCUGCUGCUCCCUCCCAGCAGGAUUCACCCUCUCAUUCCCGGGCUCCUGGGCCCUGUUCUUAGGAUCAGUGGCAGGGAGAAACGGGUAUCUCUUUUCUGUCUUCUAAUUUUCAGUAUAACCAAAAAUUAUCCCAGCAUGAGCAUGGGCACGUGCCCUUCACCCCAUUCCACCCUUGUUCCAGUAAGACUGGAUGGGUGCAACUGAACUGGGGUCAUCCUUUACUACCCCCUUCUACACUCAGCUCCCAGACACAGGGUAGGAGGGGGUACUGCUGGCUACUGCAGAGACCCCUGGCUAUUUGAGUAACCUAGGAUUAGUGAGAAGGGGCAGAAGGAGAUACAACUCCACUGCAAGUGGAGGUUUCUUUCUACAAGAGUUUUCUGCCCGAGGCCACAGCCAUCCCACUCUCUGCUUCCUUGAGAUUCAAACCAAAGGCUGUUUUUCUAUGUUUAAAGAAAAAAAAAAGUAAAAACCAAACAUAACACCUCACAAGUUGUAACUCUUGGUCCUUCUCUCUCUCCUUUUCUCUUCCCUUCCUUCUCCUUCCAUCUUUCUUUCCACAUGUCCUUUCCUUAUUGGCUCUUUUACCUCCUACUUUUCUGACUCCCUAUCAGGGAUAUUUUGGGGGGGAUGGUAAAGAGUGGGCUAAGGAACAGACCUUGGGAUUAGGGCCCUAAGGGCCCUGAGAGGAGUCUACCUUGCCUUCUUAUGGGAAGGGAGACCCUAAAAAACUUUCUCCUCUUUGUCCUCCUUUUUCUCCCCCACUCUGAGGUUUCCCCAAGAGAACCAGAUUGGCAGGGAGAAGCAUUGUGGGGUGAUUGUUCCUCCUUGACAAUGUAGCAAUAAAUAGAUGCUGCCAAGGGCAGAAAAUGGGGAGGUUAGCUCAGAGCAGAGUGGUCUCUAGAGAAAGGAAGAAUCCUCAACGGCACCCUGGGGUGCUAGCUCCUUUUUAGAAUGUCAGCAGAGCUGAGAUUAAUAUCUGGGCUUUUCCUGAACUAUUCUGGUUAUUGAGCCCUUCCUGUUAGAUCUACCCCCUCCCACCUCUUCUGUGUCUGCUGUGUGUUUGGUGACACUUCAUAAGGACUAGUCCCUUCUCGGGUAUCAGAGCCUUAGGGUGCCCCCAUCCCCUUCCCCAGUCAACUGUGGCACCUGUAACCUCCCGGAACAUGAAGGACUAUGCUCUGAGGCUAUACUCUGUGCCCAUGAGAGCAGAGACUGGAAGGGCAAGACCAGGUGCUAAGGAGGGGAGAGGGGGCAUCCUGUCUCUCUCCAGACCAUCACUGCACUUUAACCAGGGUCUUAGGUACAAAAUCCUACUUUUCAGAGCCUUCCAGCUCUGGAACCUCAAACAUCCUCAUGCUCUCUCCCAGCUCCUUUUGCAUAAAAAAAAAGUAAAGAAAAAGAAAAAAAAAAAACACACACUGAAACCCACAUGGAGAAAAGAGGUGUUUCGUUUUAUAUUGCUAUUCAAAAUCAAUACCACAAACAAAAUAUUUCUAAGUAGACACUUUUCCAGACCUUUGUUUUUUUGUGUCAGUGUCCAAGCUGCAGAUAGGAUUUUGUAAUACUUCUGGCAGCUUCUUUCCUUGUGUACAUAAUAUAUAUAUAUAUAUAUAUAUAUAUAUAUUUUUAAUCAGAAGUUAUGAAGAACAAAAAGAAAAAAUAAACACAGAAGCAAGUGCAAUACCACCUCUCUUCUCCCUCUCUCCUAGGGUUUCCUUUGUAGCCUAUGUUUGGUGUCUCUUUUGACCUUUACCCCUUCACCUCCUCUCUUCUUCUGAUUCCCCUCCCCACCCUUUUUAAAGAGUUUUUCUCCUUUCUCAAGGGGAGUUAAACUAGCUUUUGAGACUUAUUGCAAAGCAUUUUGUAUAUGUAAUAUAUUGUAAGUAAAUAUUUGUGUAACGGAGAUAUACUACUGUAAGUUUUGUACUGUACUGGCUGAAAGUCUGUUAUAAAUAAACAUGAGUAAUUUAACACC